CUUUCUCAUGUUUUUCUCAGUAACUUUCAGGCCACCAUAUAUAAGCACCAGCCAAAUGACUUCGGCAACCAAUUAACAAUACAUAGCUCUACACCAAAGUGUCUAUGAGGAGCAAACGUGCACACCCUUUGGGUCUUUUCCUUUUGUUUUCACUGAUCUUGUGGUUUUCAAAAUCUGAUGCAGGAAGCCUUGGGGUUUACUGGGGCCAAAAUGCAGGUGAAGGCAAUUUGUCAAGAACAUGCAAAACUGGACUUUUCCGCAUUGUGAACAUAGCAUUCCUCUCAACUUUUGGCAAUGGAAGUCAGCCUCUGAUGAACCUAGCAGGCCAUUGUUCUCCUUCAUCAAACGGUUGCCAAAGGGUUGGCAGAGACAUCAGGUACUGUCAGAAGAGAGGCAUUAAGGUUAUGCUUUCAAUUGGGGGUGGCAGCAAGAACUACUCACUGUCAUCCCAAGAUGAUGCUAGAAAUGUUGCAGACUACAUAUGGAAUCAGUUCUUGGGAGGAAAAUCAAAGAAGAGGCCUUUUGGGAGAGCCAUAAUGGAUGGGGUAGAUUUUGACAUUGAAGGUGGAGAACUUCACUAUGCUGCACUUGCUUAUAGGCUGCAUGACCAUUAUGCUACUUCUAACAAAAAGUUAUACUUAAACGCUUCACCACACUGUCAAUUCCAAAACAACUUACUCCAUGGGGCACUUUCUACUGAUCUCUUUGACCAUGUUUGGGUUCAGUUCUACAACAAUCCUCAAUGUGAGUUUUCUUCAAACGACCCCAGUGGAUUUAAGAGUGCAUGGAGCCAGUGGACCACAUCAAUUAAUGCUGCCAAGUUCUUCGUUGGCCUUCCUGCUUCACAUGCAGCAGCUAGAACUGGUUUUGUACCACCACAUGCUCUCAUAAAUCAAUUGCUGCCCAUUGUUCGGUCACCUAAAUAUGGAGGUGUUGUGCUGUGGGAUAGUUUCCAUGAUCUGCUAUCUGGAUAUAGUCGCAAAAUUAGAAUAAAGGUUUGAGAAGUUAUUAGGUGUUUCGAAUAAUUGUUCUAGACUAAGAGUUAAAUAGAUCUUCAGUUCUAUUUUCUAGUCCUGUGAUUAUGUGACAAAACUGAUUGUGGCA